UCCAUCACGUGUGCAUCCCUGGAGUGAAGAUUGUCAGUCACCAGAUUUGGUUCCGACUUUUGUUCGAGAUGGUAAAAGACCUUCUCUACCACAGGCGUCUGAUAGUUGUCAGGAAAUUAACUUAUUUACAGAAGCAAUUAAAAAUGGCUGGCAUUUUGAGCCCAAUGAACGUGCAAGUUUAAAUGACAUACUCCAYACCUUCCAGAAAUUUGCAGAAAUAAUCCCGCCUUGUGAUGAUAAAGUCUCCGAUAAUCCCAGAUUUAAUUAUAAUCAGUGGGCACAAGAGCAUGAUGGCAUCCAAGUCGAAAUACUACAUUUAGARAGCCACCAAGGUAGUGUUGUGGAUAURGCUGGUGAGGUAACCAGUUCCGUCUUCAGUGCCAACGAAGGUCAAUUGCCAGAGGAUUUACUGAUGGAUCUGGAGAAAGCAGUUGGCAUUCUUGACGGAACAAAUGCUUGCCAAUUUUACAGCGCAUAUUUUGCAGCAGCAAUGUUGACCAAAGACGAAAACUUCGUCAAUGAUCCAUUGGCACUUAAGAGUUAUAUUGAUGAUUUGAUCAUUGACAUUCCAAAGAAAGUAAACUCUCACCGAAACAUAACUCAACACGUGCUCCUUGAUGAAGCCCUUGCAAUUUUAACAAAAUCAGGCGUUAUGAACACUAAUUUUGAAUUAACUGAGUUAUUCUCGUUGCAAGCUGAAAUUACAGAAGAAGAAGGUUUACUUCAAAUGCAAAAAUCCUUGAUGGAAUUUACUACAGCAUCGAUUACAAAGGCCGUCGCUGUUUACACUUGUCCUCCCGUUUCGUUUUCGCUGUGUUCAUACAAAAUAGGAGAUAAGUGGAUUUUUGUAAUAAUUGAUUCACACAGAAUACAACGCUGCGUUGGGGGAAACGAUUCUGGAAUAGUCAUGUUGGUUUCGUACCCUGGCGAAAGUAAUGAAUUAGCAAUGGCAAAGGUCAGCAGGUGGAUAAAAGAAAGAAUAUUGACAAGUACCAGUAAAGGUUUGCAGAGUUUAAUUCUGAUGAAACCAAAAGAGAAUACACCUUCUGAAGUCAUAUUGGUGGAUGACUUUGACGACAUUAUGGACAUAACUGAUGAGCAGCUUCUCAACUCUGCAAAUGAUGAGGAUGAAGAGGUUUCCGAAUUACAGUUACAUGACGAUAUUUUAACGCACAUUACUGAUGAAGAAAUGAUUGGUUCUGUAGCUCCCAAAAUGCAGAUGGCAGGUGUUCAAAAAGAAAAAGAUUGCUAUUUAUU